CUUACAGCAGCUUCUUAUUAACCCUCCACCUGCCGAUUCAGCAAAACCCUAGCUCCCACAGCAACCAUGAAGUACAACCCCAGAGUCUCGUCCUCCCGCCGCAAGAGCCGGAAGGCACACUUCACGGCUCCGUCAAGCGUGCGACGUGUCCUCAUGAGCGCGCCGCUCUCCACCGACCUCCGCCAGAAGUACAAUGUUCGAUCCAUGCCCGUGCGCAAGGACGAUGAGAUCCUGGUCGUCCGUGGGACCUACAAGGGGCGUGAGGGCAAAGUCGUCCAAGUGUACCGCCGAAAGUGGGUGAUCCACAUCGAGCGCAUCACUCGCGAGAAGGUUAACGGCUCGACCGUGAACGUCGGAAUCAAUCCUUCGAAGGUGGUCAUUACCAAACUCAGACUCGACAAAGACCGCAAGUCGUUGCUCGACCGCAAGGCAAAGGGACGUGCCGCCGCUGAUAAGGAGAAGGGGACCAAGUUCACUACGGAAGAUAUCAUGCAGAAUGUUGACUGAUUAUGCUGUGGGUUUGUGUUUUUGUUUGACUCUAUGUUAUUUCAUGUUUCAUUAGGAUGAUUUGUUAUGGUACUGUUGUUAAAGAUAGUUUUAUGAUUAUGACAGGUUAAAAUGUUAGAUCUUUCUAUCAAAUAUCAAAUGAAAUAUCAUUGAAGUAUCA